CCGAAGAUAGUACAGAGGCCGAGAAAGUGAUCGGCAGGAUGUACAGUCAGAUUCGGCAAGCCUUGCCCCGUAUGUGAAACUCCAUUUCCAACAGACACAUGAGGAGAAGAGUUUGUACUACCACGGAUGCAACCCGAGUUGUACCGCCAGUGUCCACAGUUGAACAAUAGAGAAGGCGGGUACGAGAUGGGAGCUCGUGGAAGCGAGGAAUACUUCGCUUCAUCAUGGACGGUCUAUCUUCGAACUGUAAGAUUUCGGAUUUGGGAGAAAAUCUUCCCAGGAAUGGUUCCAGGCAUUCUCAUGGAGACGGUGACCUAGACCGAUCGUACGAUCGAAUGGUCGACCAGUGACGGUGUCAGGGCGAGCAAGUGCUGUGCAUUGUGUGCAGUGAAAUGUGACGUUCGAUCGCUCCGGGAGGUUGAGCCUGGAGGGAUGGAUUAUGUUCACCUUUUCAUAUGCUUUACGGCUGACAGAAACAGCGGAUCAACAAUUUCCACCACUCUUUUGCAGAGUUUAAGAACUCGCCUGGAUCUAUCGUCGUGAUCGUAUCUCGCCUCAUCGAGCGAUGUGCUCGUAUUGAACGGACGUGGACGGAGAGCAACGUCCGAUCAGGUUCACGGAAAGAGCAAAAGGCAGGCCAUCUGGAGCGCACCAGACAUCCGCUCGAGGCCCUCGACCCCUACGCACACGAGGUCCUCAUUGUCACCGAGAUGUACGUCAGCUUUCCACGAUGUGUCCAUCCGACCCCAGCGACAAGAAUCUCCGAACAGCGACCGGGUGGGCCGAAGGACAGGACAGUCCUCAUAGCUGCCAAUUCCUCGAGGCCCGCCUGUCAGCAACGAUCGCAUUCCAGGCGCCAGGCCCGCACAUCCACGCCGUCGUCGCCGUCGUCGCCCCCAUAUCCACUCUCAUCACCUCGGCAGGUAGCCAGCGGCCAGCGCCGGCGACCGGAGGGCAACGGGGAGUCUGUGCGCCAGAGCGAAAGAUUCGAAGAAUAUUACAUGUGCAUUCACAGCCACUAUUGUAUUAUACUUGCACUGUGAUCCAUGGACGGACUAAUUUCAGGAACCAUGUUAAUGUGCGGAUUUUGUUCGAGAACGACUAACAAUCGUGCGUACAUUACGUGUAAUUUCGAUCAUUUAGUGGAUUUGAUACUCUUCAGCUGCAAGUGGUUGUUAGAAAAGAUGAAAAAACUGGCAUGAGAUCAUCCUGGCUGCUGCUCCGUGCGCUUCACUCUCAAGUGAUGCACUGGACCACGUGAACCGCUAAGAAGGGGAGCCCUCCUCAGAUGUGAGAGAAGAGCACAUCGACGAUGGUCGAGUCGGCGCUUUGAGCUUGUCAUGGCUCGGUUCUGGAAGCCCGAUGAGACUGUACGUUGGUGGAGCGAGCAACAGUCGGGAUCCAGCAGUCCAGAUCGGACGGUGUCUGAAGACUGGAGGGUACUGGUGAAAUCUUUUGGAAGGAGGGGAAAGAACCGGGAGCUUUGUCUGUGUGCACGAGCCAGUGGCCAUGUUCGGAACCUGAAAUGAAGGAAGGAAGGCUGGAGCCUGGAGCCCGGAGCCUGUCCCCAGCCUGCCAUGUGUGAGCUGUUCGGUCGUGCCGUACGUUGGGCACCACGCACUUGGCAGUUUCGGAGAAGUGGGCCGAGUGGCAGCGGAACAAGCGCCACCGGACCUACUUUUUCCAGUUGGCCGCUUCCCGACCGCUUCGGCCGCGCUUCCUCCUCCGGUUGCACCCAGUCGCCUAGUGUAUCGGCCCCGCCACGAUUUCCUCCCUUUUCAGGCCCACAAUGUCGACGCUGCGUCCUUUUCUCUCUUACAUGUAUUCAUCUUGCAAUUUGUUUUUCGCGCUUUUUUCCGUCUGUAAGCGGACUCCCCCUUCCCUGUCAAGUUUUACCUUCGCACUUUCCUUUAGUUGCUCGACCCAUCACGGCAAGGAGGGCUUUUUUUCUCCAACUGCCGUCACCAGUUUUAUCUCUUAUGGGGUUCAAUCUUUCACAGUUUCAAUCUGACCACCAGUACUGUUUCCAGGGUAUGUGGAUUAAUAUCUUUGAGCAUAUGGGUUUGUUACGGUUUGUUUCGAGCUUCUACUCUACCGGUAGAAUUUAAUCUGUGACAGUAAAGUUUGAAAAUAUUUCCG